CCUCCCCUUUCCCACCCGUGGACAGCUCCGGGUCUAUAAAGAGAGGCGUCCGAGACGCGCAGGGAGAUUUGGCCGCCCCGGCCUGGGAGGUGCGUCGGUUCCGAGCUCACCAUCCAGUUCCUCUCCUCUAGCUCCCCCAGUUGGAGAUCUGGGACCAACCAGGCACCAUGGCACAGAAGGGCCAACUCAGUGACGAUGAGAAGUUCCUCUUUGUGGACAAAAACUUCAUCAACAGCCCCGUGGCCCAGGCCGACUGGGCCGCCAAGAAACUUGUCUGGGUCCCCUCGGAGAAGCAGGGCUUCGAGGCGGCCAGUAUCAAGGAGGAGAAGGGGGAUGAGGUGAUUGUGGAGCUCGUGGAGAAUGGCAAGAAGGUCACGGUGGGGAAAGAUGACAUCCAGAAGAUGAACCCACCCAAGUUCUCCAAGGUGGAGGACAUGGCGGAGCUGACGUGCCUCAACGAAGCUUCUGUACUACACAACCUGAGAGAGCGGUACUUCUCAGGGCUAAUAUAUACGUACUCUGGCCUCUUCUGCGUGGUGGUCAACCCCUAUAAACACCUGCCUAUCUACUCGGAGAAGAUCGUCGACAUGUACAAGGGCAAGAAGAGGCACGAGAUGCCGCCUCACAUCUACGCCAUCGCAGACACGGCCUACCGGAGCAUGCUUCAAGAUCGGGAGGACCAGUCCAUCCUAUGCACAGGCGAGUCUGGAGCUGGGAAAACCGAGAACACCAAGAAAGUCAUUCAGUACCUGGCCGUGGUGGCCUCCUCCCACAAGGGCAAGAAAGACACGAGUAUCACGCAAGGCCCAUCUUUUGCCUACGGAGAGCUGGAAAAGCAGCUUCUACAAGCAAACCCGAUUCUGGAGGCUUUCGGCAAUGCCAAAACGGUCAAGAACGACAACUCCUCACGAUUCGGCAAAUUCAUCCGCAUCAACUUCGACGUCACGGGUUACAUCGUGGGAGCCAACAUUGAGACCUAUCUGCUGGAAAAAUCACGGGCCAUUCGCCAAGCCAGAGACGAGAGGACAUUUCACAUCUUUUACUACAUGAUUGCUGGAGCCAAGGAGAAGAUGAAAAGUGACUUGCUUUUGGAGGGCUUCAACAACUACACCUUCCUCUCCAAUGGCUUCGUGCCCAUCCCUGCAGCCCAGGAUGAUGAGAUGUUCCAGGAAACCUUGGAGGCCAUGGGGAUCAUGGGUUUCAAUGAGGAGGAGCAGCUAUCCGUGUUGAAGGUGGUAUCAUCCGUCCUGCAGCUUGGAAAUAUCGUCUUCAAGAAGGAAAGAAACACAGACCAGGCGUCCAUGCCAGAUAACACAGCUGCUCAGAAGGUUUGCCACCUCAUGGGAAUUAAUGUGACAGAUUUCACCAGAGCCAUCCUCACUCCUCGUAUCAAGGUUGGGCGAGACGUGGUACAGAAAGCUCAGACAAAAGAACAGGCUGACUUUGCUGUAGAGGCUUUGGCCAAGGCAACCUACGAACGCCUUUUCCGCUGGAUACUCACGCGCGUGAACAAAGCCCUGGACAAGACCCAUCGGCAAGGGGCUUCCUUCCUGGGGAUCCUGGAUAUAGCUGGAUUUGAGAUCUUUGAGGUGAACUCCUUCGAGCAGCUGUGCAUCAACUACACCAAUGAGAAGCUGCAGCAGCUCUUCAACCACACCAUGUUCAUCCUGGAGCAGGAGGAGUACCAGCGCGAGGGCAUCGAGUGGAACUUCAUCGACUUUGGGCUGGACCUGCAGCCCUGCAUCGAGCUCAUCGAACGGCCGAACAACCCCCCAGGUGUGCUGGCCCUGCUGGACGAGGAAUGCUGGUUCCCCAAAGCCACGGACAAGUCUUUCGUGGAGAAGCUGUGCACAGAGCAGGGCAACCACCCCAAGUUCCAGAAGCCCAAGCAGCUCAAGGACAAGACUGAGUUCUCCAUCAUCCAUUAUGCUGGGAAGGUGGACUAUAACGCCAGUGCCUGGCUGACCAAGAACAUGGACCCGCUGAAUGACAAUGUGACUUCUCUGCUCAACGCCUCCUCAGACAAGUUUGUGGCCGACUUGUGGAAGGACGUGGACCGCAUCGUGGGGCUGGACCAGAUGGCCAAGAUGACAGAGAGCUCGCUGCCCAGCGCCUCCAAGACCAAGAAGGGCAUGUUCCGCACAGUGGGGCAGCUGUACAAGGAGCAGCUGGGCAAGCUGAUGACCACGCUGCGCAACACCACGCCCAACUUCGUGCGCUGCAUCAUCCCCAACCACGAGAAGAGGUCAGGCAAGCUGGACGCAUUCCUGGUGCUGGAGCAGCUGCGGUGCAAUGGCGUGCUGGAGGGCAUCCGCAUCUGCCGGCAGGGAUUCCCCAACCGGAUUGUCUUCCAGGAGUUCCGCCAACGCUACGAGAUCCUGGCGGCGAAUGCCAUCCCCAAGGGCUUCAUGGAUGGGAAGCAGGCCUGCAUCCUCAUGAUCAAAGCCCUGGAACUUGACCCCAACUUGUACAGGAUCGGGCAGAGCAAAAUCUUCUUCCGAACGGGGGUCCUGGCCCACCUGGAGGAGGAACGAGACUUGAAGAUCACUGACGUCAUCAUGGCCUUCCAGGCGAUGUGUCGUGGCUACUUGGCCAGAAAGGCUUUUGCAAAGAGGCAGCAGCAGCUGACAGCCAUGAAGGUGAUUCAGAGGAACUGCGCUGCCUACCUCAAGCUGCGGAACUGGCAGUGGUGGAGGCUUUUCACCAAGGUGAAGCCACUGCUGCAGGUGACCCGGCAGGAGGAAGAGAUGCAGGCCAAGGAGGACGAACUGCAGAAGACCAAGGAGCGGCAGCAGAAGGCAGAGAAUGAGCUUAAGGAGCUGGAGCAGAAGCACUCACAGCUGGCCGAGGAGAAGAACCUGCUACAAGAACAGCUGCAGGCUGAGACAGAGCUGUAUGCGGAGGCUGAGGAGAUGCGAGUGCGGCUGGCAGCCAAGAAGCAGGAGCUGGAGGAGAUCCUGCAUGAGAUGGAGGCCCGCCUGGAGGAGGAAGAAGACAGGGGCCAGCAGCUGCAGGCCGAAAGGAAGAAGAUGGCCCAGCAGAUGCUGGACCUUGAAGAGCAGCUGGAGGAGGAGGAAGCUGCAAGGCAGAAGCUGCAACUUGAGAAGGUCACGGCCGAGGCCAAGAUCAAGAAACUGGAGGAUGAGAUCCUGGUUAUGGAUGAUCAAAACAACAAACUGUCAAAAGAGCGAAAACUCCUUGAAGAGAGAAUCAGUGACUUAACGACGAAUCUUGCAGAAGAGGAAGAAAAGGCCAAGAAUCUUACCAAACUGAAAAACAAGCAUGAAUCUAUGAUUUCAGAACUGGAAGUGCGGCUAAAGAAGGAGGAGAAGAGCCGGCAGGAGCUGGAGAAGCUGAAACGGAAGCUGGAGGGUGAUGCCAGCGACUACCACGAGCAGAUCGCCGACCUCCAGGCACAGAUCGCAGAGCUCAAGAUGCAGCUGGCCAAAAAGGAGGAGGAGCUGCAGGCGGCCCUGGCCAGGCUUGACGAUGAAAUCGCUCAGAAGAACAAUGCCCUGAAGAAGAUCCGGGAGCUGGAGGGCCAUAUCUCGGACCUCCAGGAGGACCUGGACUCGGAGCGGGCCGCCAGGAACAAGGCUGAAAAGCAGAAGCGAGACCUGGGCGAAGAGCUGGAGGCUCUGAAGACAGAGCUGGAGGACACCCUGGACAGCACGGCCACCCAGCAGGAGCUCAGGGCCAAGAGGGAGCAAGAGGUGACAGUGCUGAAGAAGGCCCUGGAUGAAGAGACGCGGUCCCACGAGGCCCAGGUCCAGGAGAUGAGGCAGAAACAUGCACAGGCGGUGGAGGAGCUCACAGAGCAGCUGGAGCAGUUCAAGAGGGCCAAGGCGAACCUAGACAAGAACAAGCAGACGCUCGAGAAGGAGAACGCAGACCUGGCCGGGGAGCUGCGGGUCCUGGGCCAGGCCAAGCAGGAGGUGGAACACAAGAAGAAGAAGCUGGAGGCGCAGGUGCAGGAGCUGCAGUCCAAAUGCAGCGAUGGGGAGCGGGCCCGGGCCGAGCUCAAUGACAAGGUCCACAAGCUGCAGAUUGAAGUCGAGAGCGUCACAGGGAUGCUUAACGAGGCCGAGGGGAAGGCCAUUAAGCUGGCCAAGGACGUGGCAUCCCUCGGGUCCCAGCUCCAGGACACCCAGGUGAGUGUCCUGCCACAUCAUCCCGGGAACCUGGAGGGUGGCCUUCCUCAGGGCAGGUCCCUGGACCUUCGUGUGUCCCCUUUGCAGGAGCUGCUUCAAGAAGAAACUCGGCAGAAGCUCAACGUGUCCACCAAGCUGCGCCAGCUGGAGGAGGAGAGGAACAGCCUGCAAGACCAGCUGGACGAGGAGAUGGAGGCCAAGCAGAACCUGGAGCGCCACAUCUCCACUCUCAACAUCCAGCUCUCUGACUCGAAGAAGAAGCUGCAGGACUUUGCCAGCACCGUGGAAGCGCUGGAAGAGGGGAAGAAGAGGUUCCAGAAGGAGAUCGAGAACCUCACCCAGCAGUACGAGGAGAAGGCGGCCGCUUAUGAUAAACUGGAAAAGACCAAGAACAGGCUUCAGCAGGAGCUGGAUGACCUGGUCGUUGAUUUGGACAACCAGCGGCAACUCGUGUCCAACCUGGAAAAGAAGCAGAAGAAGUUCGAUCAGCUGUUAGCAGAGGAGAAAAACAUCUCCUCCAAAUACGCGGAUGAGAGGGACAGAGCCGAGGCAGAAGCCAGGGAGAAGGAAACCAAGGCCCUGUCCCUGGCUCGGGCCCUGGAAGAGGCCUUGGAAGCCAAAGAGGAGCUCGAGCGGACCAACAAAAUGCUCAAAGCUGAAAUGGAAGAUCUGGUCAGCUCCAAGGAUGACGUGGGCAAGAACGUCCAUGAGCUGGAAAAGUCCAAGAGGGCCCUGGAGACCCAGAUGGAGGAGAUGAAGACGCAGCUGGAAGAGCUGGAGGAUGAGCUGCAGGCCACAGAGGACGCCAAGCUGCGGCUGGAAGUCAACAUGCAGGCGCUCAAGGGCCAGUAUGAGAGAGAUCUCCAAGCCCGGGAUGAGCAGAAUGAGGAGAAGAGAAGGCAGCUCCAGAGACAGCUUCAUGAGUAUGAGACAGAACUGGAAGACGAGCGAAAGCAACGUGCGCUGGCGGCCGCGGCCAAGAAGAAGCUGGAAGGGGACCUGAAAGACCUGGAGUUUCAGGCCGACUCAGCCAUCAAGGGGAGGGAGGAGGCUAUUAAGCAGCUACGCAAACUGCAGGCUCAGAUGAAGGAAUUCCAAAGGGAGCUGGAAGAUGCCCGUGCCUCUAGAGAUGAGAUCUUUGCCACAGCCAAAGAGAAUGAGAAGAAAGCCAAGAGCUUGGAAGCAGACCUCAUGCAGCUACAAGAGGACCUCGCCGCAGCUGAGAGAGCUCGCAAACAGGCAGACCUCGAGAAAGAGGAACUGGCCGAGGAGCUGGCCAGCAGCCUGUCAGGAAGGAAUGCACUCCAGGAUGAGAAGCGCCGCCUGGAGGCCCGGAUCUCCCAGCUGGAGGAGGAGCUGGAGGAGGAGCAGGGCAACAUGGAGGCCAUGAGCGACCGGGUCCGUAAAGCCACACAACAGGCUGAGCAGCUCAACAACGAGCUAGCCACGGAGCGCAGCGCCGCCCAGAAGAACGAGAGUGCCCGGCAGCAGCUCGAGCGCCAGAACAAGGAGCUCCGGAGCAAGCUCCAGGAGAUGGAGGGAGCCGUCAAGUCCAAGUUCAAGUCUACCAUCGCAGCACUGGAGGCCAAGAUUGCACAGCUGGAGGAGCAGGUUGAGCAGGAGGCCAGGGAGAAACAGGCAGCCACCAAGUCGCUGAAGCAGAAGGACAAGAAGCUGAAGGAAGUCUUGCUGCAGGUGGAGGACGAGCGCAAGAUGGCCGAGCAGUACAAGGAGCAGGCAGAGAAAGGCAAUGCCAGGGUCAAGCAGCUCAAGAGGCAGCUGGAGGAGGCAGAGGAGGAGUCCCAGCGCAUCAACGCCAACCGCAGGAAGCUGCAGCGGGAGCUGGAUGAGGCCACGGAGAGCAACGAGGCCAUGGGCCGUGAGGUGAACGCACUCAAGAGCAAGCUCAGGCGAGGAAACGAGACCUCUUUCGUUCCUUCUAGAAGGUCUGGAGGACGUCGAGUCAUUGAAAAUGCAGAUGGUUCUGAGGAGGAAAUGGACACUCGAGAUGCAGACUUCAACGGAACCAAGGCCAGUGAAUAAGCAACUUUCUCGAGUUUUGCACCACAGCAAGGAAAAUAAAACAAACACCCAGAACAAAACAAAGCCAGCUGACUGUAUUUAGCGUUGUCUAAAUCCAUCCUCAAAUUCCAAACAUCACAGACACUCCUCACACAAGUAUCAUAAGAACCACCACCCUCCAGCCUGGGCAACAUAGUGAAAACUCGUCUCCACAAAAAUUUAAAAAUAAGCUGGGCAUGGUACUACACACCUGUGGUCCCAGCUACUAGGGAGGCCGAGUCAGGAGGAUCACUGGAGCCCAGGAGUUUGAGGCUGCAGUGAACUAUAAUUGCAUCACUGCACUCCAGCCUGGGCAACAGAGUGAGACCCCGUCUCCACCGCCACCACCGCUGCCGCCCCCACUACCCUGUAUUCAAGAUAUAAAUUGGAUGUACGAGACGAGAAAAACCCAACAGGAAACACAGACACACCCUCCAGCUCUAUCAAUGGAUUGUGCAGACAUUGAGUUUUCAGAAAAACAUAGCCACGGUAACCUGUCACUGGCAAUUUUGUUUACAUGACAUGGGGAAAAAGUCACCAAAAUGGUUGCCACGCCCCUCCCCAUUCAUUCCCUAACCUGUGAACCUUUCCAACUUCUCAUGUCAGGCCCUUGCUUGAGAAUUCUUUUCCCCUAUCCUGGUUUCCACACCUCAGACACACACAGUUCACCAAGACCAAGUGCCUUCUGUAGUCACAUGAAUUGAAAAGGAGACGCUGCUCCCACAGCGGAGAGCAGGAAUGCUGCACGGUUUACUACACACCCUGACUGUACUUACAAACACCUUCACUAAUAAAUGGUUAUAAAUCA